AGGCGUCAAGAUGUCCAACCGAGUGGUCUGCCGGGAAGCCGGUCACGCCGGGAGCUGGUACACGGCCUCAGGACCGCAGCUGAAUGCACAGCUGAAAGGUUGGCUUUCACAAGUGCAGUCUACAAAAAAACCUGCUAGAGCCAUUAUUGCACCCCAUGCAGGAUAUACAUACUGUGGGUCUUGAGCUGCGCAUGCUUACAAACAAGUAGACCCGUCUAUUACCCGGAGAAUUUUCAUCCUUGGGCCCUCUCAUCAUGUGCCCCUCUCUCGCUGUGCACUUUCCAGCGUGGAUAUUUACAGGACACCUCUAUAUGACCUUCGUAUUGACCAAAAGAUUUACGGAGAACUAUGGAAGACAGGAAUGUUUGAACGCAUGUCUCUGCAGACAGAUGAAGAUGAACACGGUAUUGAAAUGCAUGUGCCUUAUACUGCUAAAGCCAUGGAAAGCCAUAAGGAUGAGUUUACCAUUAUUCCUGUACUGGUUGGAGCUCUGAGUGAGUCAAAAGAACAGGAGUUCGGAAAACUCUUCAGUAAAUAUCUAGCGGAUCCUAGUAAUCUCUUUGUGGUUUCCUCUGAUUUCUGCCACUGGGGUCAAAGUUUCCGUUACAGUUACUAUGAUGAAUCCCAGGGGGAGAUUUAUAGAUCCAUUGAACAUCUAGAUAAAAUGGGUAUGAGUAUUAUAGAACAAUUAGAACCUGUAUCUUUUAGCAAUUACUUGAAGAAAUACCAUAAUACUAUAUGUGGCAGACAGCCCAUUGGGGUGUUAGUAAAUGCUAUCACAGAGCUCCAGAAGAAUGGAAUGAAUAUGAGCUUUUCCUUUUUGAAUCAUGCCCAAUCAAGCCAGUGUAGAAACUGGCAAGACAGUUCAGUGAAUUAUGCGGCGGAAGCACUCACGGUCCACUGAAGCUCGAAUCCUCAGGGAUGCCACCUGACACUCUCAUACUCUAUCUGGGGUCCCAGCCUAGCCU